AUGAUUAUAUUUCGAAUAUUUGAGAAAUAUAUUAAAUAUUACAAACUAUUUAAUACAAAAAGCUAUCAAAAAAGUCAUCUGUUUUAUUCAUUAAAUAAUUUUUCAACAUUAAAUGAAAAAAAAUCACAAAGUCUUUAUCGUUAUUUAUACUCAAAAAUUUUAGCUUGUGGACCUAUUACAGUUCAUGAUUACAUGAAAGAAGUUUUAACUCAUCCAACUCUAGGAUACUACAUGCAUAAAGAUGUUUUUGGAAAACAAGGUGAUUUUAUAACAUCACCAGAAAUUACUCAAUUAUUUGGGGAAAUGAUAGCUGUUUGGAUGAAAUAUGAAUGGCAAAAAAUUUCAAAGGAUUCUCUUCAGAUUGUUGAGCUCGGUCCAGGUAGAGGAACUUUAAUUAAAGAUAUAUUACGGGUGUUUAAACAAUUUAGAUCUCUAAAUGAUAUAUCAAUACAUUUGAUAGAAAUUAGUCCUAUUCUAUCACAAAUUCAGGCAAAGAAUUUAUGUAAAACAAUUAUAGAACAUAAUACAAAAGUAAGUGAAUACAAACAUAAUCCAGUCACAUACUAUAAAGAGGGUAUUACAGAAGACGGAGUAAAAUUAUAUUGGUACUAUUCUGUUAAAGAUGUGCCUAAAAAUUUUAGUAUAUUUUUAGCACAUGAAUUCUUUGAUGCAUUACCAAUUCACAAAUUUCAGAAAACUAACAGAGGAUGGAGUGAAGUUUUGGUAGACAUAAUUCAAGGAAGUAAUGAAGAGAAAUUUUGUUAUGUGUUAUCAAAAACAUCAACUCCUGCUACUUUUUAUAUAUCAGCUGAUGAAAGAAGAGAACAUGUUGAAAUUAGCCCAGAAAGUUUGGUAAUAGUAGAUCAUAUAGCAGAUUUUUUGUGGGAAUGUGGUGGAUUUGCUUUAAUUUGUGAUUAUGGUCAUAAUGGUGACAAAACUGACACUUUCCGUGGAUUUUCUCAACAUAAAGUACAUGAUCCAUUAUUACAUCCAGGAAGUGUAGAUUUGACAGCAGAUGUUGAUUUUGCAGCUAUCAAGAAAAUUGCAGAAAAAAAUAAUAGACUAAUAACUUUUGGACCAGUGACCCAAGCAAGCUUUUUACAAAAUCUUGGAAUUAAUGUAAGAUUGCAAAUACUUUUACAAAAUGUUCCCAAAGAAGAAAUAGAAUCCUUAAAAUCUGGAUACCAUAUGAUAAUGGAUGAAAAUAAGAUGGGAACUCGUUUUAAAGUUUUAUCACUGUUUCCGUCUAUUUUAAAGGAAUAUUUUAGGAAAGUACCAGUUGCAGGUUUUUAA